AUGGCAAAACAACCACUCUGGUCUCCACCUGAGUCAGACGCCGCGUUCGGCUUCCCCUCCGAGUUCCCCUACGAGUUCGAACUAUCUUCCCCGGCGGUGGAAUCCGUAGCAGGCUCAAGCUCAACCGAGUCAACUGAGAGCAGCGACGAAGAAGAAAGCUUCUUCGCGGGGCUAACUCAACGACUCAGUCAGUCAACACUCAACGAAACUCGGAACAAACUCAACACCGCACCUAUCAACGCUUGGAACAAACCCCAAGCAACAGUUCAUCAUUCGCCAAAAACUCGUGACGUGGCCGGGUCGCCUCAGUCCAUUCUGAGCGGAAUCGGCAGCUGGUCAAGUGGAAGCAAUAACGGUAGCCCAAACGGAAACUCUCGUGUUCCGUCUCCUGUAACGGCGCCGUUAACUGAUCCGUGGGAAGUUAUUUAUGCUGCUGCAGGACAAGUUGCUAGGUUGAAAAUGAACAACCUAGUUGGUCCCACCCAUGCUAACUUGGUUCAGCAAGAAGUGAAACAGAAGCAAGAGUGUGGUUCCGUUUGGGAAACGGAACCUAAUUGGUUGGUUCAUCAACGACAGUCACUACUUCAGAACAGAAGGCGUGAACUUGGUUACGAAACUGGAAGAUGUAACGUCCCCAUGUCUUUUCAACUUCAUCCUCAAAACCAACGGGUACAACAAUAUGCUGGAUCCGGGUUCCGGGUUCCGGUUCCGGGUGGAUCUUCUGUGAAAAAGCCUUCUGGUGGAACCGGUGUAUUUUUACCUCGUCAUUAUGAGACUACUAGUUCUACCCCUUCAGCUUCCCACAAGAGAACUGGUUGUGGACCAGUUAUGCAACCGGUUAAGAAGGUAAACGGUUUGAACUUGAACAUUGGUGACAUGAAUGUUGCUGCUCAAAAUCGAUUCACAAAUUGUUUCACCAACGAUUUUGAUUUAUUGUUGGCUAGAAGAAAUGCACUUUUGAAGCAGCAAAGAUUAAUUGCUCUCCGGGAAGAAGCAGCCAGCUGUGAAAUUCGUCUACCUCAAGAGUGGACAUAUUGA